AACGCAACACAUUGUUUGCUGUGCUUGCGUUGCGUCUGUAUCUAUCUGUAUAUGACAUCUUUUGCAGCUUUGCUUUACUCACUUUCCACUUUCCUCUCUCUCUCUCUCCUCUCUCUCUCUCUCUAGGAAGUAGGGGUAGUGGCGGGUGUGGCUGCCUUUUUGGAAGAGAGAUUCUUGAGCGAGCUUAUCCUUCUAAUCUAUUACUCUUACUCCACAGCGGCAGAAGAGAAGAGAAUCUUAAAUUUGUUCCAAGUCCUUUUAAUUACUUACUCUUAAGUAAACCUUCUCCUUUUCCGUUUCGCCUUUUCUCUAUGGAUUUGUAUUGUAAACUUGUACUAGCUAGCUAGUAGCAGUAGCCACUACUUCAUUCAAAUCUGGGUUUUCCUCUAAUUAGUUAAACACCCGAAUAUAUAAUUUCAUAUUUCCUUCAAGAAUCUGUGUAUUAGUUAGUAGUGCUGCAGUUUUAGUUAGGCUCUUCUUUGAGCUGUUCCUUCCUGUUGCUGUUUUCUCACUCACCAAGCCGUCAUCUUUUGAGGUGUAUCAUCAGCUCCAGACUCCAGCUCAAUCAUGGCAUGGCCAUUUAUUUGCUUUGCUGCUGCUAACUCUGCCUGCGUCACAUUGCAUCAAGACUUGCUGUCUUUACCUUCAACCUGGCCAACUUGUGUGUUUGAAUUUUGAAUUAUUUGAAGGAGAAAAUGAGGUGGUUUUCAGUGGGUAUCAAGGUAGUUUGUUUGCUUUCAAUGAUGUGCACAGUGAGUGGCAUUGGUGCAAACUGGGGCACACAGGCAUCCCACCCUCUUCCCCCAGACACUGUAGUUAGGCUGCUGAGAGAAAAUGAAAUUCGAAAGGUUAAGCUUUUUGAUGCGGAUUAUGACACAUUGAGAAGCCUGGGCAAGUCUGGGGUUGAGGUCAUGGUUGGUAUUCCUAAUGAUAUGCUUGCAUCUCUGGCCACCAGCGUUAAGGCUGCUGAGAAAUGGGUUUCCAAGAAUGUCUCAGCACACGUCUCCUCCAGUAAUGUCAAGAUCAGGUAUGUUGCAGUUGGAAAUGAACCUUUCUUGGAAACAUACAAUGGUAGCUUCCUCAGAACAACCUUCCCUGCUCUGCAGAAUGUCCAGUCUGCCCUGAUAAAAGCUGGCCUUAGCAACCAAAUAAAGGUGACUGUACCCCUCAAUGCUGAUGUCUAUGCAAGUUCAAAUGGGCUGCCGUCAGGUGGUGACUUCCGAACUGAUAUCCAUGGGUUAAUGCUUCAAAUUGUCAAGUUCUUGAGUGACAAUGGUGCCCCCUUCACCGUGAACAUUUACCCCUUUAUAAGCCUUUACAUUGACUCCAACUUCCCUGUUGAUUAUGCGUUCUUUGAUGGCAAUGCAUCACCUAUUGCAGAUGGUAGUUUAACCUACUACAAUAUGUUUGAUGCAAAUUAUGAUACUCUUGUGUGGUCCCUGCAAAAGAAUGGCUUUGGAAACUUACCAAUCAUAGUUGGAGAGAUUGGAUGGCCAACAGAUGGAGACCUGAAUGCUAACAUAGUUUAUGCUCAGAGGUUCAACCAAGGUUUCAUGUCCCACAUAUUGGGUGGCAGAGGAACUCCAAUGAGACCCGGUCCAAUUGAUGCUUAUCUAUUCAGUUUGAUUGACGAGGAUGCUAAAAGCAUUGAUCCAGGAAAUUUUGAACGACACUGGGGAAUAUUUACUUUUGAUGGGAUAGCAAAAUACCAGCUUAACCUUGGCAGCACAAAUUCAGGGUCCUUAGUUCCAGCAAAAGGUGUGCACUAUUUGGAGCGCAAGUGGUGUGUGAUGAAGCCAUCAGCGAACCUUGAUGACCCACAAGUAGCACUAAGUGUGAGUUAUGCUUGUGGACUUGCCGAUUGCACCAGCCUUGGUUACGGAACAUCUUGUGGCAGCUUGGAUGCUCGAGGAAACAUUUCUUAUGCGGUUAAUAGUUACUACCAGAGGAACAAUCAACUUGAUGUAGCUUGCAAGUUUCCAAACCUUUCAAUGAUCACCAAAACAAACCCAUCAGUUGGAUCUUGCAGAUUUGAGAUAAUGAUCGAACCAUAUUAUGGCGGUGCAGGAAGGCGAUUCGGGUGCCUCCAAAAGCCUCUGAGCCUGGUUGCACUUAUCAUUUUCUUUUCACUAACCGUUGUGUGAAUUCCAAGGCUUUGGAUUCGUGAGGAGCCACAUUACCUAGACCAUUCCAUUUCAUGUAGGAUAACCUAGUGAAGGUAAAGAGCAAUUGACCAUGGCAUAGUUGCAGUUCAUGUGUUUGAAAUUUGGAAAAUUUGGAAGGUAAACAGUGCAGUCAAGUUGUCAGCAAUUUGCAUAUUUGAAACUAGAAUUGCCUUGAAUUAUUUUUACCAUGAAGAAAGUUUUGUCUUCUUUAUUAGUCUUGGGUGAUAACAAUGGAACUUCCCGCUUCAGCUGGUAUUAUUAAUGGGAUUGUGUGUUUUUCGUGACCCAGUAA